AUGCCUCGCGAAAAACAGAAGAGAGGGCGCCGCGCUCAAGAAAAAGAGAAACGAGAGGAAAACAAGCGAAAACUAGAAGACGACCACGAGGAGCCAGCGCUUAAACGACAGAGACCAUCAUCAGAGGACCAGGCUGAGCCCGCAGAUUACAUACCACUCGACUCUGGCGAACACGAAGAACAGGAAAUACCAGUCGCGGAUCAAAAUGACACACCUUUCUAUGGGUUGCUGGACACCGAAGAGCAAGAAUACUUCUCGAGAGCCGCCGAAGUUCUCGAAUUGAAUCAAUUUCAGACCGCUGAGGAACAAAGCAUUUUUGUCGAGAGCGUAUACGAAGAAGCUAAAGGAAAAGAAUUAAAGAUUGCAUGCAGUCAGUCGUGUUCACGUCUUUUGGAGAAAAUCAUCUCUCUUUCCAGUACCGACCAGCGUCGACGACUAUUUGGCAAAUUCCUUGGACACUUUUUAAACCUUGUACAGCACCGAUUUGCGAGCCAUUGUUGCGAGACACUCUUUGUCAAAGUCGCGCCCGCACUCAGCCAUAAGACACACAAUGCGCCUAAAAAGCAAAUCAUAGAGGAAGAAGGGAACGAAGAGCCAUCUCUAUCACUAGCCGAUAUGUUUCUACAGGUCAUUUCGGAGCUGGAGGGUAAUUGGGGAUAUCUGUUGACGGAAAGAUUCGCCUCUCACACAAUUCGUGUUCUUCUACUUGUCUUGGCAGGCGAGCCUGUGGAUUUGUCAUCGCACGGCUCUCUUGUCGCGAGCAAGGCAAAGGAAGGAGUUGAAGUUCAUCGGAUAGAAGGACAAGAGCGAGUUGUUUCCACGAAACAUCACGCUGUUCCGGAUGCGUUUAUGGAUGUGCUGAAAAAGGUCAUGGCUGAUAUGACCGCUGGGCUGGAUGAUACAUAUUUGAGGGCAUUGGCUACUCACCAUAUCGGAAACCCUGUUCUACAGCUUCUGGUAUCAUUGGAACUAUCCCAUUUCGGAAAAUCGACCGCCAAAGAUUCACGCUCUGUCUUGCGACGAUUGAUACCAGACGAUACCAUGGAGGAGGGCUCACAAAGCGCUAUCUUCUUUACUGGACUUCUAUAUGAUCCUGUGGGAUCAAGACUGGUUGAGACCAUCGUGCGCUCUGCACCCGGUAAAUUGUUCAAGAAUAUACACAAAAACAUUAUCCGUGAGAGGAUAGCAUCUCUCUCACGCAACGAGAUUGCUUCAUAUGUUCUUGUCCGCUGCUUAGAGCGAGUCGGUCGAGACGAUCUACAAACUGAUUUGGAGAUGAUUAUUCCGGAAGUUCCUAAUCUCAUUGAGAGGUCGAGACUUACUGUUCCCAGAGCAUUGAUCGAGCGAUGUCUCAUUCGAAAUAUCGACACAACCCCGCUUGCAAAGGCAUUACAGGAAUCACUUGAUAAAGAUCCAGCCAAGAGGUUACAGCAACUACUCGAAGUGAAUAACACAGAUGGUCCUGCAGAGGAAGCAACUCCAUCCGAAAAACCUGUGCAAGGAAAACCGAAAACAUCUCCAGUGCUUCUACACAAAUCACUCUUUGUACAAAAAAUGCUAGAGGCGCCCGGCGCAUUGAGCGAACUUGUUUACUCUGGGUUAAUAGCAACCUCUACAGACACUAUCAUCAACAUGGCCUGCAAUUCAGUCACGUCACAUGUCUUGCAAAAGGCUCUUACAGCACCUACCUCUACAACUCAAUUCCGUCGUCAAUUCAUACCACAAUUUUCCAGCCAUAUGAAGCAGCUCGCUCUAGACACCAGUGGAUCUCAUCUUGUCGACGCCCUUUGGGACGCGACAAAAGACAUAUACUUUGUCAAAGAGAGAUUAGCACAGGAGCUAGCUGACAGUGAGCAUGAUCUCCGCGAUUCGUUCAUUGGCCGCGCAGUAUGGAAGAACUGGUCGAUGGAUCUCUAUAAGCGACGACGGGGAGAAUGGAAAGGGAAAGCAAAGGGCCUCGACGAUAAAGUAAAAGCUUUGAAUAUUGGCGGCGAGAAGCCCCGGACCAAGUCGAAACUUGACCUUGCCAGGGAGCGGUAUGAUGCUUCACAGAAAUCUGCCGCUGACAGGAGUAGCAUAGGCACGAAGUCUUGA